AUGGGCAACAACCUCUCUUCCACUUUUGAGCCGGACCUGUCCAAGGUGGUCCUCAGCCCGACCGAUCGCCGCGCCGACAUCAUCCUCGGCGUCACGUGGCUGGUUGUCAUCUACAUGAUGGUCAUGAUCUGGACGACGCGGGCGCGUGUUGAUGGCGCUAGUCAUGUCGGCGGCGUGGCCGGCCGUGGUGGUGUAUCUGGCGAUGGCGAGUGGAUGAAUUGGAAUAUCGAUGACGACAAAUGA